AUCGACGAUUGAAAAUUUGUCAGUGGUUUCUGUUUUAGUAUACAAAGGUUACUCGGGGACAACGAUCGCCACAUUUUGUGAAACCUUCCAUGGCCAGGGCCGUCAUCUAAACAUAAACUCUCGGGUGCCAAGGAAUGGAUGAUAUAUCGCUUAGCUCUGCUCAGCACGUUGUACUAUGUACAAUUUGUGAUGGAAAUGCCGAAUUCCAUUGCAAUUCAUGCCAUGACGACCUCUGUCAAACCUGCAGGAAAGGACAUCUGAGGAGCAACGCCACAAAACAUCACGAGGUCGUAUGCUACACCGAAAAAGUAGUAGAGAAGGAAGAAAAAGGCGAUCGCGAGUCCAAAGGCUUUAAGAAAGAGACGACAUCAGUGACAGACGCACGUCCAGCAAAAUUGAAUUCAAACACAACAGACGCAACAUCCGAACACAAAAAUGAAACAGUCAGUGAUGAAAAGAAAGAUAUACUAGUAUCCCGUUCUUCAUUCUCCAAUAUAAGACCUGAUGGUCAGCAGCUUGAAACAGAUGUUUCAUUGGCUCAAUGUGUCAUCGAAGAAAACAUAUCCCAAAAGUCAGCGACUUGUACGGAAACAAGCCAAGAGGAAAUAUUUUCAUCGCAAUGUGUCGUCAGAGCAACAGCCUUUUCAGAAGUUUUCAAAAACAACCCAGUUGUAGACAAUCCAGAUUUAACGUCUGCUCAGUGGCCCAUUGUCGCCAAAUCUGACGAAUCUUCCGACCUCGUCCCUACAUUAACAUGGGAGAAAACUGUUCUUCUGCCAAACCAUACUUCUAAGUCAGGAUGCCAUAUUUCUUGCACAGCGUCAAAUACCAUGUGGGUUAGUGACAUGAGUGGUUCCCUGAUUCUAUUAGAUUUACAGGGAAACAUUAUAGAAAACAUCCAAACCAGAAGCGGUGCUGGUUUUCAUACACUGACACAAGAUGGACAACUUCUUUACACCGACAUGGAGAAUAAACGAAUUUUGAAAGUGCACUAUGAACAAAAGACCUCAAGUGCAUUUAAAACAAGUCUUCGUAUGAACCCUUUCAAGAAGACGGGGGAUUGGACGCCACUUUGUAUAUGUUCCUCGCGCUAUACUGGUGACCUACUUGUUGGGAUGGUAAAGGAACAUCGAGCUAGGAUAAUGCGGUAUGAUUCCAAGGGGAAAGAGAAACAAGGAAUCGAAGUUGACAAUAAGAAUGAUGCUCUCUAUGGUCUUCCUCAGUUUGUAACAGAGAACGCCAAUAUGGACGUGAUUACAUCAGACCGAACGGCGCUGGUAGCGGUGGAUAUUACGGGCGGGAAAAGGUGGGUCUACUCCGGUGCCGGUAAAACCGGAUCCGGAUUCCUUCCCGCCGGAAUAUGCUGUGAUUUGCUUCUCAACAUUGUUGUGUUUGAUGUUUUCAGCAACAAUGUUCACUUGGUGGACAAAGAUGGCAAUUUUCUGUCGCGUCUGUUGGUCCUAGGAAAUUCGUGGAUACCACAAGGACUGUGUUUUGAUGAAGAAGCUCGUUUGUACUGUGGCGAUCGUUCCAAAAUUUUAGUAUACAAUUACGAACAUGUAUGAUCCAAGAAACAAUUUUUGGUAAAAUGAAUGCAGGGGAAUUAAAAGAAAAGGAAGGAGACACUCUUGGCUCAAAGUAGACGUAUAUGUAUACUAUACAUCGACUUUUUUGUCACUAUGUCAGUUCAAAAUUAAAAAUAAGUGGGAUAUUACUGUAUUAGAUACGAAAUACUUGAGAAACUUUGAGUACUAGAAGAAGAACAAAUAAAUAUGAAUAAAUCCAAUAUUAGCAUCAUGCUAUUAUGUCAAUCUUUCAAUAAUGGCUAAAUAUUUUUAGUAUUAAUAUUGUAAUUUAAGGAAGACAGUUCAUUGAUUUUCAGAAGUUCUCUUUUAAAAAGAUGUUUCUUGACAGAAAGUUGAAAUUUUAACGUUCACUCACAGACCGGAAGCUACAGAUUUAAGAAACUUGACUUGUGUAUGCUAUUUUACUUACGUUGCUGUUUUGUUUACAAUUUUGGAUUUUUUGGAUAUGUUAUUUAUUUGAACAAUAGCUUCAGGUUGAAGCGAAAUGAACGUGAAAAUUCUUAAUACUUGAUGAUAGGGACAUUCUUGAUAACCUUAAACCAAACACGUGUAUGUAAGCAUUGGCACAAACUCUGUCACCAUAUAAAUUACCAAGUGUGUUCGAUUUUCCGACAAUGCUCAUAACAUGCUGAUGAUAAAUUGCCAACACUUUGUAUAUUGUUUUUUUU